AAUGAUGCCAAUGCAAGUCCACCAGAAGAACCUUCAGCAUCCGCUCGAAAAAUCGGUACACCAGAACCCCAGAGACGUGAAAACACAGAAGUAGAAGCGAUAGGUUUCCGUUUUAUUUAACUGGCAAUAUUAUCAACCAUUUUUAAAAUGUUGCCCUGUAAACAAUGCCAGCAGUUUAAUUUGGAACAGACUGAAAACAUUUCCAAACGUAAGGGUUGCACUUCAAGUUUAGUGCUGCAAUUGAAAAGGCUGUAAUUGGAAGGAAUUGCACUUCUGCAAAAAUAAAUUAUUUCUUUGAAGUGAACAGGAGAUUGGUUUAUGCGAAUGUGAUGAGAUCGGCUGGCUGUGGUGCUUAUCCGCUGAAAGGUUAUGCUUCACAUAACAAAGCUCUUCUAAAAGCUGCCAAAGAAGUUUGUCAUGAAACCUUGAGUGAUGCUGCCAGGGAAAUACAUGUGCUUAAAGAUAAGUCUGAAGAUGAAGUUGCUGACUGUGACAUUUCAUGUGAUGGUACUUCUCGUCGAUAA